ACGAGGAGGAGGAGGAGGAGGCCGGGGGUGCCGCUGCCAUGGGGCCCGGCCCCGCCGGGUUGCGGGAGGGAGCUGCCGGCUGCGGGCCGUCGCUGUGUCGGGCUGUGUAAGCCUGAAGACCUCGGGUGUUUUUCGGUCACGAUCCUCGCCCGCAUCGCGCACGGCAACCAUGCCCGAGCAGAGCAACGAUUACAGGGUGGUCGUGUUCGGGGCCGCCGGCGUGGGCAAAAGCUCCCUGGUCCUCCGUUUUGUGAGGGGAACCUUCCGGGAAACCUACAUCCCCACGAUCGAGGACACGUACCGGCAGGUGAUCAGCUGCGAUAAGAGCAUCUGCACCCUGCAGAUCACGGACACGACGGGAAGCCACCAGUUCCCUGCUAUGCAGAGGCUGUCUAUAUCCAAAGGGCACGCUUUCAUCUUGGUGUACUCCGUCACCAGCAGGCAGUCCAUGGAGGAUCUUCAGCCCAUCUUCGAGCAGAUCUGUCAGAUUAAAGGGGACAUCCAAAAAAUCCCCAUAAUGCUGGUUGGUAACAAAAGCGACGAGACCCAGAGGGAGCUGGAUGCUAGCGAGGGGGAAGCGCUGGCCAGCAAGUGGAAGUGCUCCUUCAUGGAGACCUCAGCCAAAAUGAACUACAACGUGCAGGAGCUCUUCCAGGAGCUCCUGAAUCUGGAGAAGAGGAGAACUGUCAGUCUCCAAGUGGAUGGAAAGAAAUCCAAGCAGCAGAAGAAGAAAGACAAACUGAAAGGCAAGUGCUCUGUUAUGUGAUUGACUUUGGCUGCACUUGCGCACUGCAUGGUGUAAACAGGGCAUGGACUCAUAGAAAAUAUGCUUUUGCUGAAAGGUUCAGAAGGAUCCUUGCCUUACAGGGCUAUUGCUUUUCUGUAAAAUCUCUGGAUUGUUUUGUGUUGGUUUUAAAGGGGAUGGCUUUCUGCAUGUUUAUUUUUUUAAACAAUAAAUGUUCAAUGUUAGUAAUGACGUGAUGACGUUUUUAACGCAAGAAGUUUACAGAAAAAUGUCACUUAGAAACCAACAUCUCUCUUCCUGUGAGUACAUGCUAGUUUUUAGCUAUCUCCAGGCUGCUAGCUUGAAAGAAAUUGUUAUCUAUGAAGUGUGUAUUUCAAAAACCGUUUUCAGGAAUCUUAACAGAGCAAAUCUCCAAUAAAGCUAGGGGUCUGCACUGCAAGUGAUCAUGUCUGUGACUCCAGAUGCGUACACUUUCGGGCACGAAGACUGGCUUGCCUACCAAAGACGUAACUUUUUCAUUGUCCAAAUUGUUUUCCUGUGUGCUCUGCAGCUCCUGAGACUUCUGCAGUUCUGUGAAUGAUUAAAGCUAUAUCUGUGCAUAAUCA